GGCUGGUGCGGAACAUCGACUGCAUGUCCACCGGAGGUUUCGCCUUCACCGCCAUGCAUAUGGCAGCAUAUAGAGGCGAUGAAGCUGGCAUCACUGCCUUGCUCGCUUCGGGCGCCAACAUCGAUGUAUGCACACCAAGGAAAAUUUACGCCCCUGCACACUGCUGCCAACAUGGCCACGAUCACCUGGUAAUUCUCCUCAUCGAGUCUGGCUGUGACCGUCAUGCCCGGUCGUCUACGGGUAUGACAGCUCUCCACAUGGCAGCCAUGCAGGGCCUCAAGAGCACGGCCAAGCUGCUCCUCAAGUAUGGGCUGGACCCCCAAAGCGCGAGAUGA